AUGCAGCCCAAGUUCUCGCCCGGCACUGACGAAACCUCCACCGCAUCAGCGCUCGCGCCUCUCCUAGCUUCAUCCGGGGGCCGAUGGACGCUAUCUUCCGAGGGGAAGGCCCUAGAACGAAGCUUCAAGUUCAAGACGUUCGCCAAGACAUGGGAUUUCAUGACUGCCGUGUCGUUGCAGUGUAAACUCAAGAACCACCAUCCCGAAUGGUCAAAUGUCUAUAAUACUACGUUUAUUCGGUGGACGACGCAUAAUCCCCUGGGGCUGUCGGAGAAGGAUGUCAGACUGGCUGGGAUCUGUGAUGCCCUUGCCAAGGACUUUGGGGAACUGGACCCGGAGCCUGCGAGCCGUGAGGUCAAGGGGCUUGCGGACAAGGCUGCCUCUUCUUCGGGCGAUUGCUGCGCGCCAAGGAAAGAGAAGUAA